GCCAGAGUUCAGUCCAGUUUCUUUCGCGAGACGGACAAGCCACGUCUAUUGCGUAUCUGCCCAAACUGUUCGUUGUUCACUCUGAUUGCCCUGUACUUGCUAUUGUGAAAUUAGCUUUGAUUCAUUACACGUACAGGCACGUAUAGGGCUACAGUGAGGCUCUGUUUGCCAAUACUUCUAUAACCUGUUGUGACGGACGUGGUGUGCAUUAAACGAAAAACUACUUGCAGCUCGUGAAAGUGACCAAUUACGUAAAAUUUUCUGGUGAUUUCCAUCCUAUCUGAUGACAACGUGGAUUUUGAACGUCAAUUCGUCAUCCUCUAUCAAGUGCAACAAGUGAAAUACGCGAUUAACAGUAAGGAAGUGGCGUUUAUCGAAGAUCAUUUCGUUUAGCAGGUUGUGCAGUCUUUAAAAUAUUCAAGUACCCUGGAGAGUAUGGCAUUGUAGCAUUACACAGAUUCAUAGAAUGCGCAAAGAAACCGAUGCUGGAGUGGGUGGUUGCAAUGGAGUGCAAACUAGGCCUCGUAGACUUUUACCAAGGUUUUCUUUGCGGAGACUCUUGUAUUCCAGUCCCCUUAUUGGACGUCGUAUUACUAGGACACCUAGUGCCAGUAAUAGAAAUAAAGCUAAGGAUGCAACAAGCACCAGGGUGACAGAUGUAGAAAAAGGUGAAGCCAGAGUAAGUAAUGGCUCUAGUCAUUUUCAAUUUCACAACCUAGAUCUACAGCGUACUUCCAGCAAAGGCUCUGUACUACCUACUGCCGGAAAGAGCAACGAACAUGGCUUAAUGGAAUGUCCAUUAUGCUUGGCUGAACUCCCAUCCGAAUUAUUUCCAAUUGUACAGUCCUGCCAUCAUCGCAGCUGUUACGACUGUUUCCAGCAAUAUCUGAAGGUCGAAAUAUCCGAAUCCAGAGUUAAUAUAGCCUGUCCUGAGUGUUCGGAACCCCUUCACCCUAAUGACAUCCGAAUGAUCUUAAACGACCAAGUACAGCUGGAAAAAUAUGAAGAUUUUAUGGUACGCAGAGUACUGGCUGUGGAACCAGAUGCCAGAUGGUGCCCUGCACCAGAUUGUAGCUUCGCCGUUAUCGCCAGUGGUUGCGCAUCGUGUCCUAAGUUGCGUUGCGAACGACCAGGUUGCGAUUCAUAUUUUUGCUAUCACUGCAAAGCACGAUGGCAUCCAAAUCAAACGUGCGACGCAGCACGAGCUCAACGUUCCCAAUACUAUGAGCGAAGUUCGUCCCUGAGCUUUAGUCAGAGCGAUUCGCAACACAGAGACGACAUCAAACCCUGCCCGCGAUGUCAGGUUUUGAUUGUGAAAAUGGAUGAUGGCAGCUGCAAUCACAUGACUUGUGCUGUCUGCGGAGCAGAAUUUUGUUGGCUUUGCAUGAAGGAAAUCAGUGACCUACAUUAUCUAAGUCCUUCCGGCUGUACUUUCUGGGGAAAGAAACCGUGGUCGAGGAAAAAGAAGAUUCUUUGGCAACUCGGUACUCUCGUAGGAGCUCCGGUUGGGAUUGGCCUUGUAGCUGGUAUUGCAGUUCCUGCUAUGAUAAUAGGUAUACCAGUAUGGGUCGGGAGGAAGAUAUACACAAGAUACGAGAAGGCGAACAAGCACAAAAGGAAUGCUUUCAUCGCCGGUGGCGUUACUGCAUCGGUUCUGGUGUCACCGGUAUUGGCAGGAUUGGCAGUGGGUAUCGGAGUUCCGAUAUUGUUAUUUUAUGUGUACGGCGUGGUACCAGUCUCUCUGUGUCGUAGCGGAGGAUGCGGCGUAUCCACAAACGGAUCUGGAGUACGUUUCGAAUUUGACGACGAAAAUGAGCUGAUGGGUGCUUUGGGUGUACGAAACGCCGGAGAUGCAGCAUCGAUAGAUGUUGCGAGUCAUCGUGGCGGAAAUCCAUCGAUAGGAGAAGCUUCCCUCUCGCUGGGAAGCGGCAGCCAGCUGGAAAAGUUGGGCAGGGAAAAUGAUCGCGAGAGUGCCAGUAACGUAGCUCUGGCAGGUACAAGCCUUGCGGGAAGCAUAGCAUCUAGUGUUCUUCCAGGUGGCCAAAGGUUGGAGGUGCAAGCUGAUGUGACUUCCACGCAGAGAUUCAGUUUGUGCAGUGAAACUGCUUCUGCAGCUACCAGCCUCUCUGAAAAGUCUGUUAAUGCUUCAAUUGCACUGGAUGAUGGCGCAGCAUCGACUAGGGCAUUGGCGGGUUCUGUUCUCAAUUUUAAAGUCGACAGUAGCUCCACAGGCGGUGGACGAAGUACGGAAGGUGAACAGACAAUAGGUUCUACUGGAGGAGGUCACAUGGACUCGGCAGGACAAGCAGCGUCUUUGAGUUCGCUGGAGGAGAUUGCACCAGGUCUUGCUAAACGUACUCGACGUAGACCUACCCUUGACCGGCAACCUAGUGACUCCAGCAGUUGGACUGUCUGCGGCGAGGAUGGUGGAUCCGAGCGCGUUCGCUUCGAUGACCACGUUAGUUUCAUCGAGGCUGACCAGGAAGCUGGACUUGGGACAUGCGCAGUCAAUAAUCGAGGACCUGGAAGACGUAAGCGAAAUAAGGAGCUUGAGCAGGACGGCGAGGUUCCAAAAUCGUCAAGGUGCUCCAAUAGUGAACUAAAUUAUGCUGAGGCGAAUGUUGUGCUGGAUAUUAAUGAUGAACCACGUGAAAGGGUUAACGUGGCUACUCUACGAAGUGUAUUCUUUCACAAUCCAGCUGCCUGUUCUGAUCGUGAGACAAGGUUGCCAGUGAUAGUAGAACCAUCUGUAUCGCAAGCACAAACUUCAACAGAACAAAUUCGAUUGCCUGUAUGGGAGAAGUUUGCAGAAAAUGUAUCACGGGAGAAUUCAGCACAUGCGAGGUUACCGAAAAAGAAUAUGACUUCGUCACGAAUUACUACAGAGUCUAUUAGAAUGACUCAUAUGAGGACGCCAUCAAUCGUAGAAGCGCCAAUCAUUAAGAUGCCUCAUGAUUUGGAGUUCAAAUCAUCAUCUAUUGAUAGUCCUGUCAUUAUGAUGCCUCAUGAAUUGGAGCUCAAAUCAUCAUCUAUUGAAAGUCCUGUCAUUAUGAUGCCUCAUGAAUUUGUAUCCGAGAUCAACCAAGUUGCAAGGCCCGUCCUGACGCCUGAUGACUUUGUAUCCGAGAUCAAACCAGUUGCAAGGCCUGUCCUGAUGCCUCAUGAAUUAGAUUUCAAGUUAUCAACAAUCGAAAAGCCCAUCAUCAAACUGGCUCAUCACCCAACCGCGGCACCGUUAUAACCCACGAAACAGCCCAUCGUUUGGAGUGCCUCAUCAUGCAUAUCCAGCCCCUUCUUGAGACAGGGCCGAUACAUCAGUAAAGCUACCAUUAGUAGACCUACUAUUUAACGUCAUUACCCGUAGUAAUCAGCGAGUUACGAACUGUUACUCUCAUCAGAAUUAAACAUCACUGGUAAAACUGUCACCACUUACAUCAUCGUUUCCAGUUUGCACAGAGAAAAAUACCCCUUCGCCCGACCUACAAUACAGUCAUUUCUUCACACGAAGUUAAAUCAUUGUCAUUCAAGUUGUCGGAAUGAUAUCUCCGAAAUAGCUCAAAGUUUUCAUCGAAUCUAUUUGGAUGCCUGGACUAGAAGACCUAGAUCGUCUAUCCAGAACCAUGAUAAAAUGUUAUCGAAUGAUAGUAACCAAAUUACUUGUAUCAGCGUUAAAAGCUUCCGCAGUGCCAAUACGCGUAUCUGGCGUCUCAAAACCAGUUGAAAGUUUGCACUGCUAAAAAAAAAAAAGAACAAAGACUGAGCAUGCAUGCCACGUUAUACAUACUCAUACGAAAAAAAAGUAUAGACGCACAGUCAAUUUUAUAUACGUCCGUAUACUCUUUAACAAACUUCCUGCAGCGCCAAGAACUAAUGCACGCGCAUGCGCAAACCUCUAUGCCCAUGCACAUGCAUUCGAUCCGCGAACGUCAUUACGUGUACUUGCCCAAGCAGGCAACCAAUCGGAUAUCUUUUUUCAAAGAUGCAUAUAGGAACCGUGUAUAAAUUGGCUGUGCACAGAAAUACAUACCGAUACCUGCGCAUAUGCAUAUGCACAUUCGCGCGCGACAUAUGCAUCAAUGCACCGAUCAGAAUGAAAGUCUUGCAUAAAUGGAUAAGCGUGCUAUUAUGAUAGUAUAUUUAUCUGGAAUUAAUAUGGACGGUAAACAUCGACAUUCGUUAUGACAAUGACGACUGCUCUAUGGCGAUCAAACAAGCAAAAGGAACGAUAUUUGUACAUUAGAAUUGUGUACAUAGCUCGCGAGUAAAUUUUGCAAAACUCGAUCUGCCCGUAGAAUAUAUAUAUAUAUAUAUUCGCGCGUGUGUAAUACGUUCACAACUGUACCCUCUCUACUGCCCCAGUCCAGUCCCCUCUGCCCCUCCAUUAAGCUAGCUCAUUUAUUCUUUUGUCCACGUCCAAGUACGACCUAAAUUUUAAUCUGUCUGGGCAGAAGUUAAGUCGCAAUGCCCAAUGCUACUUCUUGCCUGUGUGCUUUUGGUUCGGCAGUGCAUCUACCGUAAGUGCGAUAAUUAUAAGAAGCAGAAAUUACAUAUUCGACGAUUACAAGCAUAUGUAAUAUAUAGAUAUAUAUGUAUUAUAUAUAUACACAGAUAUGAUUGGUACGUCGGUAAAAUUUGACCGGUUUUUUUUUUUUUUUUUUUUUUUGUAAUAGCCCCCCUUCCCGGUCCCACCUGCCCCAUGUUUGCCUAUAAAGCACAGAUUUCCUUAAGCCCUGAUUACUCAGUGCAGCAUUUAUUAGUAUCAUUUUAUUGAUUAUUUUGUUUAAUUCUCUUGUAAAGCUCACGUGGCUUCCGGCUUUCAUUGGUUCACGCAGUAAUAUCAGAGUAAACGGUGAAUGAAACUUGUAAUCGAUGACAAUCGAUACUGCGAGAUACGUUGAUACAUAGUGUAGAGUGUCGUGUUAAUGAUAAUUUUAUUUUUUACUACGAAAAGAGGUUUUGUAUAGAUAUUGAAUUUCCUUUAGAGAUAAUGGCGAAUCGAAUUAUUGUUCAGCAUAUUUGUUCUUUGUUGAUCGCAUGAUAGCGGAUCGUGGAUAAAUGUGCAAUUUUGUUUGUCAAAUAAAAGUUUCAGUGUAACGAUACACGCUUGCGAUACCUAAGCCUGGAUGCACGGGCCGAACCAUUAAACUCUAAAUGAUAACGUGAGCCGCCGUGUUUCCCCCCCACCUCUUAUACAGGAUAGAAGAGAAAAAAGAAGAAAAUGCGAAAAAAAGAAGAAGAAAAAAAACGAGGAAGAUAAUUGGAAACUUUUAUGUAAAUAAUAUAUCUACACUUAAGUCAGGCGUUACACGCGAAGCCUGUUCAUAGAUAUUGACAUAUAAAUAUAUUAAACAAUUACUGACGCAUA